AUGAGCUUCAAGGCCAAGGACCUGCACUUUGACAGCUCUCAGCCAGCCUUCUUGCAGCGGCUGCGUGGGCAACUUCAAAGUGGGGAUACUGCUCGUCAUGAACAUCCCAUUGCCAGAAAUAAGAGGAUGAACAAAGACGAUGAUGAAGAUGAUGCGCCAACGUACGUCUUAGAAGAUACUAACCAGUCGUUGAGCAAAGAGGAGUAUGAUGCACUCGUCUCUGGCAAGGAUAGCAAGGGCGAAGAAGACCUGGUAGCAGAUGAAGCCGAGCAAAAGGCAACCAAGCAAGAUGAGUCGAAACCCAAAGACAAAAUUGCUGAAGUUGGUGCAAAUACAAAGAAGCGCAAGGCCGCGAAGAUUAUUGGCGAUGAUCAAGGCGAUAAUAGGAGCGAAGUAGAAACGGAUGCCGAAAAACCCACCAUCAAACCAGCCAAGAAGCCAAAAAAGAAAGCCAAAGCAGUCAAGCUUACCUUUGGAGACGAAGAUGAGGGAUGA